AUGGUCGGUUCAAUUGUCCGUCAGCUUUUCUCCCCGGCGACCCGGCGACCGCUCACCUCCCCCCUCGCCUCGGCGCUGCUCAAACCGACCCGAUUCACACCCAUCUUCCGCUCCGCCGCCCCUGCGGCUCCAGCACCCUUCUCAACGACGCCCGCGCGCGGCGCAACACUGAACCAAGUCCUCCGGGGCAUUCGCAAGGGCAAGCGCGCGCGCCACGCCGUCUCCCCUGCCCUAUCCAACACUAAUUGCCCCGCGCUGAAGGGCGUGUGCCUGCGAGUGGGCGUCGUGAGGCCCAAGAAGCCCAACUCGGGCGAGAGGAAGACGGCCCGUGUGAAGCUCUCGUCCGGGGCCGUGGUGACGGCCUACAUUCCCGGCGAGGGACACAAUAUCCAGCAGCACAGUGUGGUUCUCGUGCGGGGAGGCAGGGCGCAGGAUUGUCCCGGUGUCAGGUAUCACCUGGUGCGAGGGGCAUUGGACCUGGGCGGCGUAGCGAACCGAACUACGAGUCGAAGCAAGUACGGCACCAAGAAGCCCAAGAAGGCUACUGUCGGCUAG